AUGUAUUUUGCAAAAAGUAAAGCCCUUUAUAAAUUUUUAUUACCGGUAGCAAAUACAUAUGCAAAUUUAUCUGGAUAUAGACAACUUGGUUUAAGGUACGAUGAUCUCUUAAUGGACGAGAAUGAAACAGUUCAAGAAGCUUUAAAGCGCGUUCCUGAGAAUGAAUUUAAUCUUCGAACUUUACGAAUUCGUAAUGCGUAUCAGUUAUCUACUAAUCAUAAAAUUCUACCAAAAGAUAAAUGGGUCAAAUCUGAAGAUGAUGUUAGAUAUUUGUCACCAUAUGUUGAACAAGUUGCGGCAGAAGAAAGUGAGCGAGAAAUGUUUGAUGCUCUUAAAAUUGUUGGAAAAGAUGGAAAACCAUCUAUUAAUUUUGAAUAA